GUCGAACUUCGCCUCAACGCGCCUCUCGCGACUCACAAAGAACUAAUUGGAUGCUUCACUACUGGCAUGAAUCUGCUUGUCCCUCGCCAUGGAGUACAAAGGUCUUUGAAGAGUUUGCUCUAAGACCAGAAUCUGCCUUUUCUCCUAGUCUUGGUGGCAGUAUCAUUGGGGGCUUCUUGCAACGCUUCAUCGCGGAGUUCGUAUCUCCUGGAGUCUUGUUCCCAGAGGAUCAACCAUCAUGAGCAAAAGAAAACUGCCGUGGCAAUCGGCUCCAGACAUCGUUGAUCUCACUGGGGAUGAUGACGACUUUUCAAAGCUUUCUCGCUCCAAGGUUCCCAAGAAGACGCCGUCCUUUAGUUCUUCUCAGGGCCGUGCAACCCUCCUAACACCACCAUCAUCCAGCCAGCCAGGGUAUUCCUCGCAUCGCCCGAGCCAAACCUACAGAGACUACACCCCCAAUUCCAGUCAUCUCAGCCAGCAAUCCAACGGCAUUGUCACACGCGAUUACUGGCUGGGCUCUACCCUGGAACAGGAGGCAGAUAUUGCCAGAGAGAUUGAUCUCACCGAGGACUUUGACGACGACGUCUAUGAGAAUUUCCAGCUCUAUGGCAUCCUCAACACCAAGAUUGUCGGCUGUCGAUUCUAUGAUGGCCAGGCUACUGUCGGAGAGUACGUCAGGGUUAAGCGCGAACCUCGUAAUCAAUACGACAGCAAUGCUAUCCGAAUCGACAAUGUCCUCCGUGAUCAGAUUGGCCACAUCGGGAGGAAUGUGGCGGCCAAACUAGCACCCUUGAUGGACUCUGGCUCACUCCUUGUCGAAGGCGCCUUGACAGGUCCAAAAACCUACUACGAUUGUCCAAUCGGCCUCAAACUCUUUGGCACCAACGAUCCCGUUGCAGGUGCGGCUCUUGCCCGUCAGAUGCAGGAUCUCCAUUUGCCCAUUACGGAGUACACUCGGUCAGAGCGAGAACGCAAGAAGCGUCUGCAGGACUUCGAGAAGCAGCAGAAAGCAAGGCAAAAGGCCGCCGCCGCAUUGCGAAAGCAAGGCAUGACGGUCUUUGACAACGAGGGACCAAACAGAUAUAGCAACCUCAGCGCGCCCACAGGGAUGGGAACGCAGACAGCUCCAAGCAUGGAUCAACUACUCAGUGGGACUGCGGUGUUUAACCCCCGUGAUGCGCAGAGUGUGGUCAACAAGCUUGGGGCCGGAGAAGAGGUGCUUUCGAAGAUGUCGAUGGCGGACCAGCCUCAAGAGCUUGCGACAGUGCUACUGCCCUACCAGAGACAAGGCCUCCAGUGGAUGCUGGACCAUGAAUCCCCCUCAUUGCCCAAGAGUGCUGAUGAUGUGGUCCAGAUGUGGAAGAAGACUGGCAAGUAUUACACCAAUAUUGCAACUAAUUUCUCCUCCAGCAAAGCCCCAGAUCUGGCCAGUGGAGGGGUGCUUGCAGAUGAUAUGGGCUUGGGCAAGACUAUCCAAAUCAUCUCACUCAUCAUCGCCGAUCCUCACAAGAAUGGAGACCCCACGCUCAUCAUUGCACCACUCUCAGUGAUGAGCAACUGGAGCACGCAGGCCACGUUGCACGUCAAGAAGAAAUUUGCGCCCCGAGUCUUGACCUACCACGGCUCUCGAAAUAAGGAAUUGUCGCCAGGACAAUUGAGAGAGUACGAUAUCGUCAUCACAACAUAUCAAACCAUGACCCAGGAGCUCUUUCCAUACGGUGAAACGACCGCCCAGCAAACACCCGCAUUGAAAGGUCUGUUCUCGGUGACUUGGCGGCGUAUCGUCUUAGAUGAAGGCCACCAGAUUCGAAACGCCAAGGCCAAAAUGUCCCAAGCAGCAUGUGCCCUCCAGGCGAAAUCUCGCUGGAUUCUGACCGGGACUCCUAUCGUCAACAGCCUGAAGGAUUUGUACUCACAUGUCAAGUUCCUUCGUUUGCCUGGGGGGCUCACAGAGUUUGAAGUCUUCAAUUCGACCCUGAUACGGCCACUCAAAAACGGGGACAACGGAGCGCGCCUCCUUCUCCAGGUCCUAAUGUCGACUCUAUGUCUGCGACGCAUGAAGGACAUGAAAUUCAUCGACCUCAAGCUUCCCGACAUCACCUUCCACAAGUAUCCUGUGAAGUUUUUGCCCCAUGAGCAGGAACGGUACGACGCGUUCAAGCAAGAGGCAAAAGGCCUGGUCGAAGCCGCAAAGGCCAAGAAAGGAGACUACUCCAUGACUAACCUGCUUGAAGUUCUUCUGAGGCUGCGCCAGACGUGCAAUCACUGGAAGAUGUGCGGAGACGAGAGAGUGAGAAAGUUGCUGGAGUUGGUCGAGUCGAAUGAGGUCGUCGACGUGACCAAUUCGGCCAACCGCAAAACUCUGCAGGACAUGUUGCAGGUACAGAUUGACUCACAGGAGGAUUGUUGCGUCUGCUUGGAUUCGCUGAACAACCCUGUCAUCACAGCCUGCGCGCACACCUUCUGUCGGGCAUGCAUUGAGAGAGUGAUCGACACCCAGCACAAGUGCCCCAUGUGUCGUGCACCUCUCCAAAGCAGCGAGCAACUAGUUGAACCGGCAGCUGGGAUCGGCGAAAGUGACGAGGUAGAGCUUGACAUUGACCCCGAAACCACCAGCACCAAGAUCGAGGCUCUCGUCAAGGUGCUCAAGGCAUCUGAAGCCGAUCCCCACGUCAAGACUGUGGUGUUUUCGCAAUGGACCUCAUUCCUCGAUCUGGUCCAAGCGCAACUCGUGCGCCACGGAUUGCAAUUCACGCGUCUCGACGGUAAAAUGAACUCGACGAAUCGUGACACGGCCAUUGAGUCACUGAACAGCGACCCGUCGUGCAAAAUCAUGUUAGCGUCCCUCUCUGUCUGCUCGGUCGGCUUGAAUCUCGUGGCCGCCAAUCAGGUCAUUCUGGCGGACUCAUGGUGGGCGCCAGCCAUCGAAGAUCAAGCGGUUGACCGAGUCCAUCGCCUGGGACAAACUCGAGAUUGCAAGGUCGUCCGCCUGGUAGUAGAAGGGACGAUCGAGGACGAAGUGCUCGAGAUUCAGGCGAGAAAGCGGAAACUGGCGAGCGAAGCAUUUGGGGAGAAGGACGGGGGCAGAAAGCGAGAGGAGAGACGGGCAGGGACACUGAGAGAUAUCGAGAGAUUGUUGGCCUAAACCGGAGCAGCAGGAAUCGGCAUGGCGUUUUGUGCGUGGAGAUAUUGUCAGAAGGAGAAAGUGGACAAACACAAGGUCGACGGAUACCCUGUUCAAUUACCGGUGGUGAGGGAUGGUGGCAAAUAAUUCCAGGCAUGUGGGAGGCAAGGAUGUCGACGGUGAGCUUGUAUGAAUAGUUGAGUCUCGGAUCUAGAGGUAUUUUGAGGUAUUGUACCAGAUUUAUGGCAGUGCAUGUCGUGCAUGGACACCAGAGUGC